AUGAUGCUUCCUCAACAGACAACAAUGGUUUCGAGUUCGAGUACGAGUAACAACAAGAGCAACAAGAGCAACAGCAACAGCAUGGGCAUGAAGACUCUAAAGGCUGGUAUGGGUACUGGUAUGCAUAGUAGCGUAGGUGUAGGUGUAGGUGUAGGUGUAGGUAGUACUGGUAGUGCAGGAGGAGCAAUGCCACUGAUUUGUGUGCCUCAGUUACACAAGAAGCGAUUUCACCGCGAGAAGAAGAACAUGAAGUUGCGCAUGCGGAGAUCACUGAGUGCUCCCUUGCAUAACGUGCAGCAGCACCUUGUCAUGCCUGAUCACAAGCAUGAAGCCCCCUUGUCUCCAGAUCGGUGGAGUUCCACUUCCAGCAGUUCAGGUGGGCGUAGUACUGGUACUGGUACUGGUAGGGAUAGUGCUACAGGUGGUACUGGUGCUAUUAAUAGUUGUAACAGAAAGAGCAAGCUGUCCUCCAGACCUGGCUUUCAAGAAUCAGAUCACAAGAAAAGAGACUCCAAGUUCAAAUUGCCUACCAGACAAACUAGUUUCCAACAGGAAGAAGAACAGCAGCAGCAGCAACACCACCAAAAACCUCAGACUGUUGUCACUCAGCCUACUACUGGUGCUGGUACUGGUACCGGUACUAGUACUAGACACUCCAUCUUCAUGUCCAACUUGAACUUGAAUGCAAACAGAAACAGCAGACAAGCAGCUGUCAGGAGAACAAAGUCCAAUGUGGAAACAGUAGGGAAAAUCAUUGAUCAGGUUCUAUGGGAAUUGGAGGCAGCACAGUCACCCAACCAAUAG